CAAGAGACAGAUGCAGUACCCCGUAGUAGCAGUGCCAUUGAGUUUAGAUUGUUGUCCCUGACGUUGUUGUGUACUGCAGCAGCUGCUUUAUCCUAUUUUCACAGAGAAACACGUCGUGGGGAUGUAGUGCGUCACAUUGCAGAUUACAUAAAACUCCUCCCUCGUUGAUAGAUAAUAAAUAUCACAACGGCACACUAGCUAGUUGCUAGUUGAGCAGCGAUGGAGUGGCGAAGCAACAACGACGGGCUGUCCGACAGCGAGUCCCCUGAAAGGGACACACGCUGUCCCCGCCAGCAGACCUCAUCAACACAGCUCUCGAGUUGUGCCGAGGCAUCCCUGUGCCAAAACCAGCAGCAGGGUUGCUCGACAACCUCCAUGGUGUCCAGCUGGAUGCUGGCUGAGGCCCAGGACCGCCUUUGCGCUUUAAGGUUCCACAGCUCUGAAUCCCUGGAGCAGGAACAUGCUCGGACUCGGGCGAGCCCCACGGAGCUCACACAUACUGUGGAGGAGUGGCUCCGCAAGGAGCUCAUGCUGGGAGGUCGGGAGCACAGUCGAGGACCUGUGCUCGGUGCUGACGGAAGUUGGGAUGUUUUUGAUAAAAGUAUCAUCAAUGUCCAAAAUGAACUAUCGGAAGAAGAACAGUGCAAGGCGCCAGUCCACAUGUCUGAGCAGGACCUCAGGCACUUUGGUAUGUUACGACGAUGGGACGACAGUCAGCGAUUCCUGGCAGCGAAGCCUCAGCUCAUCUGCGAGGAGACGGCCAACUAUUUAUAUUUGUGGUGCAUUGCUCUCCAGCAGGAGGGGAAAGAAGCACUCAUGGAGCAGGUGGCUCACCAAGCAGUCGCCAUGAAGUUUGUCCUGGAGAUGGCCUCAAACUCACAGCAGGACCCCAGAGGCUGCUUCAGGCAUUUCUUCAAAAAAGCCAAAGAAGGACAAGACGUCUACUUGGAAGUCUUCCACACCGAGCUCGAGGCCUUCAAAUCCCGAGUGAGAGAACAUGUGGUCAGGUAUAAAAGCACCACGUCCAACAACAUAACCCAGCAGCCGAGCAACGGCACAAACUGCAGACUUGACCCCAAAGAAUCUCCGAACAUUUUAGCACAAGUGGCGGAGCACAACACCAAGCGCUGUUUAGAAACUGGACUGAUGAUAAACACAGAGAGGUGGACAAAGGACGAUGCCACGGAAAGUGACGAUACACGCAUGAUGGAGACUUCUUAGGAAACAUGGCUGCCUUUCUUCCAUCUUCACCUUUUCCCCAUUUAGGAGCCCUUCUUAACGACACCCAAGCACAACAGGAAAAAAAAAGACCAGCACGAUUAGUCAGGUCUCGAAUGCCACCAUUUGUCGUCA